GUGUGACAACAUGAACCUUUUUCUGUGAAGCUUGCGUCUCCUCGAUUGAGGAGCAUUUACCGAUACUAGCAAGUGUCUCUGCUUUAAUAGGCCCGACCAUCUAUGACACGCACCAUUUCGUAACAUGUAUGUUUCAGUGACAAGCCAGUUUUUCUGUUAACAUCUUGUCCUCGUUGCGCAGCUAAGAGCUAUCUGGCCGAGGAGCAACCAUGUCAGGCUAUUACGGAGGCCGCGGUCGCGGUCGCAACUAUUCCAAUGGUCGAUAUGCUAAUGGACGUGGAGGAGGAGGAGGCAGGAACUCUUUCGCACGCCGAGGCUUCGCCAGCAACUUGCGGGCGGCAGAUGAUGGCUUCCACGCUGUGAGCGACCCCGCAGCCAAGCCACCUGAAGGCAGCGUCAGCGAUGAGAGUCCCGCUUUCAAGGAAUCGCUCACGAGAACGUGCACGCUCAAGUUCAAGGGAGUCCCGCAACACGAGGUCGACAAGUGGUACAAAAUGUACAGGAAGUAUUGGCCUUCCCCCAAUGGCGGCUUCAAGGGCGCACACGUCACGGUGUUCUGGGAUAUUGAGAACUGCCGGCCGGACCCGGAUUACGCUCCCCUGCCGAUUAACUACGCGGAGAUGCUGCGUGAUGCCUUCAAGAGCACGACGGAAGCGCGCGCCAUGCGCUGCAUCGCGUCGCUUAGCAAGACCUACCCCGCGACCAGGCCAGGGGCUGCGAGGCGCCCGGGAGACGAUAGGCUUGGGUACGACCAGCUGACGGCGCUCAACGCCCAGGCUGGCUACAUGUACAUCAUGACGGCGCCGGGCAAGUGGAACGAGCGUGUCCACAAGGACGUUCGUGAGGUGGACGACCAGCUCAAGUGCAAGAUGACCACGUUCCUCAGUGAAUGCAGUGCGGGUGAUGUGGCGGUGCUAAUCGCAGGAGACCACGGGUACGUGCCGUUCUGCCUCGAGGCCAAGGGGAAGGGCGUAAAUGUGAUCGUCAUCGGGCCCUCACUGGCGGGUACCAACGGCGCGCUCAUGUACGCAGCGGACCUGUGGAUGGACUGGCCCACCUUCGCAACCUUCCAGGGCAGGGAGCAGCGCCAAAUCCCAACCCAGAUGAGCCCACAGGUGGAGGCGCGGACGGAGAGCAUCAUGCGCGACCACCAGGAGCACUACUCAUUCGUGAAGGAGCUUGACAUGGUUAUCCUGCUGGACACGACGUACAGCAUGGCGCCGUACAUCCAGGGCGUGCGCGACAACAUUGGUAGUGUGCUGGAGCAGAUCAGCGUGAGCGUGCCCAUACGCUGCUGGAUACACUGCUAUGUACGAGGUCGACAAUUGGGGAGAUGAUCUCGCCGUAUACGACCUCAGCGUUACGGACCUGGCUAGGAAUUGCAGCGCUCGUUCUGAUUGUGCGGGGUUCGUUACCGUUAAUAGCAAGGGAUAUAUAAAGAAGAAAGUUUCCAACUUCACAGCAGCACCGGGGACGAAAUUGUGUCUAUACAAGAAAGGUGCGUACUUACCUAACCCCAAUCAACAACAAUAAUAAUAAUAAUAAUAAUAAUGUGAGCUAACCUGCUGCCGUAAACCAGGUAGUGGUUCUGGCCGGGUAUGGGCAUGCAAUAAUUUCCGAAGGGACCUAUCUAUGCGUUGUCGUAUCUAACGUAUCAACCAUACAUUCACACCGUGUCCGUCCAUUUCAGGGGCACUUACUUGGUGCUUGCAACAGGCAAGCCACUCGCAUGCUAGACACGCAUAUAAUGAUUGUUCCCUGCCUCUAUAUGUGGUUGCGACAGGAUGUGACACUCUCGCAAACUACGUUGCAUCUCACGGUGUGGACCACUGGGGGGACGACCUGAUCAAAAUACCUGACAUGAAUAUUUCGGGCUUGGCCCUCAUAUGUGACGCUGAUCCAGACUGCCAGGGCUUUAACAGCCUAGGCUGUCUUAAACGGGAUGUAGCCCCAAUGUAUGCAGCUGCUGGACUAUGCACAUACAAAAAAGUAUGCCCAUAUGCUGCGGGGUAUAUUGCCAUCGCUGAAGCCGAAGUGAUAUCAUUAUCGGCAGCCGAUACGAGUACAAUGUUACGCGUAUGGCUGACUUUUGCAACUCUCGUUCUGAUUGUAUGGGGUUCAACAAUUUUGGUAGUUUUGGAUGGGCAAAGAGAACAGUGUCUACAUACACAGCAGCACCUGGAACAGGGAUGUGCCUCUACAAGAGAGGCCUUUUCGUGUAUGGCCCCUACUACACGUACCCUUGGCAAUCCGGCAAACCCAACAGCAGCGGGUAUCCUGUGUUUCCUGAUUCAAAUGCUACCUGGAUAUGGGGCUCUAACAAUGCGACAAAUGCUUCGUCAACGGCUGUUGCUUACUCGUUUUCGAAAGUGCUCGACGUCCCCAUCAACACUACUAUUAGAAUCUUUGCAUGGGUUGACAACCAAGCGGAUAUCUUUAUUGACGGGAGGUACGAAACAACGCUAGCCGGCGGCUGGGCACCCCUUGUGAACUGCCCGGGAUCCAUAACCUUGCAGCUGGCACCUGGCCGACAUGUGCUGACUCUGCGGUGCACCAACCACCCGGCAACGCCCAUCAACGCGGCCGGACUUCUUGUCUCCAUAGUGGAUGACAGGACUGGCAAAGUUCUCAUGCGCUCUGACACCUCGUGGGGUGUGAGUGAAAGCCCAACGUUAACGUAAAUGUUAUUCCUUAACAUGCACGUGAUUUCGACUGUUCGUUGCAUAGAAGACCACCUCUGUCCCAUCUCCUUCCAUAAAAAGUUGGUUUUUCACUGAUCAGCCGUUUUAUGGUGACAACUAACCCGCCCCUCUUAGAACGUUCUAUCUAUUGCUUGUAACAUGUGCGCAUAUCGUCCCAUGUUCAGUUGCAACUGUUGUAGGCUCUGCUGCUGCAGCUGCUACGUGGCUUUCGUCCUUCCAAGACUAUAACGCCUCCUGGAUUUGGUCAGCACCUGAUGCAGGAAAUUACGCGACCUCCACAGACUCUUCCGUGUUUUUAAAAUACUUCGAGGUUACCCAAGACACUCCGGCACGCUUGGAAGUUGCUGCUGACGAUGAGGCUCGGAUAUUCCUCGAUGGAGAAUACUUGGGCCCGGCAUACUGGCCGUCUUUGUUUGGCAUUAACCUUACAAUCAAGCCAGGGCUCCAUGUUCUUGCUAUGCAAGCCAUGAAUUACUAUCCAGUGGACGGUACUGUACAGUCAUACAAUCCUGCCGGUCUUCUUGUUUCACUGAAGAGCAAAGCAAACGGCCAGGUCAUCCUCCGCAGCGACAACUCCUGGACUGUAGUGAGCAGCAGGCAUGCUGCCUUGACAGGUAAGGAGCUUCCACUCAUCCAUUCGUUCUGAACACGGGGCCUUUCAGUUGCCCGGUCUAAUACCUUUCAUUACGUGGACACAGACUGCUCGGAGGUAUAUGGGUACCAGGCACUCCCUGACCGAGACCAUGAGAAUGAUAAUAUCCAACAGUUCGUCUUUACCGACCUUCAAGCGUUGGCCAAGGCUUGCACUGCUGACGUCCAAUGUAAAGGAUUCAAUGCUAAUGGGUACCUAAAAACAGCUGUAGAACCCAUGCACUUCUAUCGAGGAUGCUGUUACAUAAAGCUAAAACCAAGCCCGCCGCCGCCAUCACCGCCUCUGAACCCUCUGCCGCCGUCACCACACCCGCCCCAUCCACCUCCACCAUUAUCCCCACCGCCGUCACACCCCUCACCAAAACCACCUUCAGCCUCGCCAUCCUCGCCGUUCCCGCCUUCUCUCCCUCUCCCAUCACCCAACCUACCAACCCCGCACCAUCCUCCUCCCCUGCAGCCAACAACACAACUUCCUCUAAUAACACCCCUGCUGGCACCCCAAGUACCAUCAACCACAACAUCACCACCACCGCGUUUUCCUGACCCUUCUCCUUCCCAGCCGCCGCCAGCAUUAUUAGAUCUACAACCAAGGUCGUAUCCUCCAGCUUUCAAGCCGCUGUCGCCCUUGAUGUUGGCUUCAGCAAUUCCUAACAAGCCACCUUCACUGCCACUGUUACAACCCCAACUACCACAUCCCCCGCCAUCGUUAUCAACGCAACCUCGCCCAGCAUCUCUAAAGCCAUCAGGGUCAAGUCCUGAACCUUCAACUUCAUCAGUAACCCAAUCUUCAUUACUGAGCCCGGCUCAAGGGUAUUCUGGUAUACGAAUAUAUGUCCGAAGGUAGUUUGGAGAGCCAGCUGAAGGCAACGCAUCUUCCGGGAUCAGCCGGUGGUAAUAUGCUGGACUGGAAACAACGCGUGAGCAUCAUAUAUCAAGUUGCCAGCGCCCUUGAAGUUCUGCAUACAAACAGCCCGCCCAUCGUACACAGGGACCUCAAACCUGUCAACAUCCUCCUGGACAAGCAUGAUACUGCAAAGUUAGGAGACGUGGGCCUAGCACGGCUAUCAAGAAACAGCAAGGCAGGCACCGGGAUGGAAGCGGCAACUUCGAGCACACGGGAUUACCCGGAUCCGGUGUACGUUCAUAGCGGCAAUUAUGAGCCCUGCAGUGACAUCUACGCUCUCGGGAUGUGCAUGCUACGUGUUCUUACAGAUGACACAGGUAAAGGUCUUGCGCCUCGAGUUCGUGCUGCCCGAGCUAACCCCGCAACUGACGUUUUCAAAGACAUGGUGGAGAGCAGUGCUUGUGGCUGGCCACUAGCUAAGGCGCAGGAGUUUGCGGACCUGGCUCUGAAUUGUGCCGAUUACAAUGGCAAGGAACGACCAAAUAUAAAGGAUGUAAUCAGCGUAAUGCGGGAUGCGGGCUUCCACCAAUACACCAACGUCAACCGACAAGAAGCGGUGUCUGCCAGCAGUGACGCAGCACGGGACACAGUCGCAGCACGGGACACAAGUAGCUGGUGAAGAUUCAGUCGAACCCCGCGUGUAUUCUUAUGCCCUUUUACGCAGGUUGGGGGCCCACGUCUUCGCAGCUGACGGUUUCACGUAUGAACUGGUCAUCGAGGACUGGAUACGCAGCAGGUCGAACGUGCACCGCCCUGAUGACAAUUUUGCCGCUUGGGCACACCAACCUGAUGCCGAAGCUGGUCGUGCGCAGCGAGAUCGCAGUGUGGAAGGGGCGGCGAACGCAGCGUGGAUAGUCACUUGUUGCGCACGCAAUCGAAGAAGUCUUUAACGAGAUGCCAAGGCGUUGCAUGUAGAGUGCAGACCACGGCUUCCGGCUACCCCGCAUUGCUUUGAGCUGUGUACACGGCUUUCCUGAGUGGGAUGGCGACACAGGGUAUCCUUGGAAUGGAUGAUUCCCUAGGCAUGAUUUUAGGAGAGGAGAACCUGCCUAGUUGGGGCGGCUCGAGUCGGAAGCUAGGAAACUUGUUGAGGCUGCAAUUUUCUUGAAUAUGUAGCUGAUGUCCCCGUCUUGUAACGUGUCAAUUGCGCUGUCUAUCUGUCGUUGUUAGGAUAUGCAUGCAUGCUGUUUACGGGGGCGGAGAUGUGUCAGGUGUGCAUACCAGUGCAUUGGGGCUGGCAGCAGAGGAGGUCGCGUCGUAGGUCAGUCAUUCGGUCAUGGAUGGGUGAUGUAGGUGUGGAUCCAAUUAAAAAUACCAUCCAUUGGCAAUCUGGGUAAAUGGAGGUGAGCGCCUCUGGGCCAUGUCUAUUGGGGCUAAAUACUCGCAGGCAAGGUGUCAGUUGGGUUUAUACACUUGCUCACGGUAAGUCAAAUCGGACGAAACGUGAUGCGGUCAAGGGGGUCUCCAAGCUGCAUAUCAACCAAGUCCUAAGCAGCACGAUUGGUAGGCACAAGGCAUGCCGGUGGUUGCCUUCCCGAUUUAUUAGGCCCAGAAUAUUGAUCGACGGUUGAAGAGGCCUCCGGUGCUGUGUCCAAUUCGGUCAUAGAGGAACACUGUCUUAGGUGAGUGCGCGCAGGCCCCUUCAACAAGCAUAUGUGUGUGUGAUGUCUAAUCCUGCGCGGGUUUCUGACCCGACUUCUCCGGAUGAUUGUGCUCUCUGUUCCCUGCCCAGGUGUGUCAUAUGAUUUCCUUGCUGUCCCUUGAGACCUUGUAGAGUGAAGUGCUUGUGCCUUGGGUGGCGGCUGCGGAGGUGUUUCUUGUUGACGACUUGCCACCCCAUUCGCCGCCGGCUACUGAGGAUGAUGCUUGGCAGUUUUGGUUCCCCGCUUGGGGUGGCACUUACCUCAUGUCGGAGUUGUUCCUUUGCGGAACUCUCUGUUCAAAUGGCCGCGGUGAUCCAGCUUGGGUGCAUAUUUGAGAAGCGUGCUCUGUUGCAUUCGGUCUUUAUUCGGGAAGGUAUGGGGCCUCCUGCUACCCAAGAGCCUCCUGCGGGUAUUUUGGAUGGCCUUCGGGAUUCUUUCCAGUGCCUCCGGAGGGUUCGCUGGGAGAAUUGUCUUAAGGAGACGUUUUGACGGGAUUCCCUUGCUUCGGAAUUCUCAUAUGUCCCGGGCCUGUCGGACUUGUCCUGAGCGUUGUGGCUGUGGGUAUGUUGUUUUGCGGGAUGUCUCCAAGGUUGAAUUGUUUCUGGGCCUACCUGUCCUGUUGCCCAUGCUGUGCUCGGGCAGCUUGAGGUCGAGUUGGGCGCUGUAGUUCCUGCUGGGGCUGCUUUGAGGUUUGUUUGCCUCCAUAGGGCGUGCAGCAGUGUGUUUAGGAUGUUGUUGUCCUGGGUGCUUUGUCUGAUAUCGGUUUCUGCGGGCUCGUGUGCAUGAGUCUGGUUCUGCGGGUGUUGUGCCUGGGCUCCUGAUCAGGCUGCAAUCUCUGCGGUUUCAUGGUUUUGGGGGUCAGCUCCGGGGGCUCGCUUGUGUGGGUGUUCCCCGUCGGGGUCGGAUAAGAAGGGCCUGGAUGAGGUGGCUGGGCCCUUCUCAUCCAUUCUUGCGUGUUGGUGGUGGGCGGCUUUCUGUGUUCGGUUGAGUGUACUGUUUUGGCGCCGUUUGGGUCUGCGGGGUAGGGUGUCCUGCAGGGCUCCCCUGGCGUAUACACGCGCUGCUGUCUCCGUUCGGAUCCUGUUUUUUCGAGCGGCGUUUUUGUGGUUUGGUCUUCAGUGUGUGUUGGUGUUUUUGCUGUCUUGUUUACUUGUAGAGGCUUUGCUGAGGGGCCAUUUGUUGGCUUCUACCCUUGUUUGUACCUCAGUUGUCAGCUUUGGGUUCUAAUACUGUUUCCUGCUGGCCCGUUGUGGUGUUGUUUUAAGUGCGUGUUCCCUUCCUCUUGCGGUGUAGGAUUGGGUGCAUCACCCGCUGCAAUACGGGAUGUAGUUCACCGCGGCUAGUAACCUACGAUAGGUCAUAAGGCUAGUAACCUACGAUAGGUCAUAAGGUUAAGAUGCGUGCGCAAGCCAUGUAAAUGACGUGUGAAA